ACGGUAAAUUACUUUUACAAAUAAUACUACUACAAAAAUAUAAUUAUGUUUACAUAUAAUAAAAAUUAAAUGAAAAUAUGUCUCUUUAUCCUAUAUGUCUUUUACAUUGUUGUUCUUGUUGUGGCAAAUAAACCGAGCCAAACAAACCAAUACUAAGCCACAUCUAAACCAAAAUUUUGAUCUACGACAACUAAAAACAAAGACACAAUCUCCACGUGUUUGCAAACCUUGCAUGAAUGCCACCUCAAAGCUAAAUUUGUCCUCCAUAUGUUUUACCUUUUCCUCUUUUUGUUCUCUUGUCACCCACACAAAAGCAAUAAUCACUCUCUACAAAUGGCGGAAACAUUUUCAAGCGGCGAUGCUCAAUAUCUCCCCAUUUACGGUGGGGGUGGCACCACCGAUAGCAACAGCCCAUACGCUUCGCUUCUCUACCUUCUCCGAUCUCAUUCACCAACCUCCUCAGAGCUCUUUAGUUACAUCGGUCUCUUCGUCUCUGUUGGAACCCUCCUUUUCCUUCUCGGCAUAGCCGUCACCGCAUCAGCCAUAGGCUUCAUAGUGUUUUUUCCGUUAAUCAUCAUCUCGAGCCCGAUCUGGCUUCCUGUUUUUGUCGUUGUUGGUGUGUUCUUAUCGGUAGCUGGAUUUCUUGUUGGAACGUUGGCCUUGGGGUCGUGGACGUACCGUUAUUACCGGGGCAUGCAUCCGGUUGGAUCGGAUCAGAUGGAUUAUGCACGUAGUCGGAUCUAUGACACGGCCUCUCACGUCAAAGAUUACGCUAGAGAGUAUGGUGGAUAUUUCCAUGGUAGGGCUAAAGAUGCGGCCCCUGGUGCUUGAGUCUUGACCUGAACCGGUCUGUAUAGUCUAGUUCAUGUGGUAUUAACCGAUCUUGCUUCGGAUUAUGGAGGGUGAACACGUUUUCAUGUCAGUAUUACGUUUUAUUUUCACGUUUAUUAGAAGAAAAAUAAGAUUAUAUUUGGUUUAUGUUCAAGCUUUAUAAGAUUUUAAUUUGGGUGCAUACACGUUCGUCGCUUGAAAUGUUAUAUUUCAUUUUGUCGGCGAGUAUUUUACAUCUUUCUAGUUUUUUUA